AUGGCGAAAAAAGACCAGCCCCAAGAUGGCGCCCCUCCUUCUCCUUCACGCCAGAAAAUUCCUGACAUCUCGCCCCCGCCUCCUCCCCCACCUCCGUCGAGUGCCGCCCCUGCGUCGGGACCCGUCCCCUCCUUCCCUCUGACCACACCCCUGGGUGGGCCCCCUGUGGCUGAGACCAGCCCCCAAGUGGGCCCAGCCCCCGUGGGUGGGAACCCCCCACCAGAAACUCACGCCCCGGUGGGUGGGUCGGGACACGCCUCCUCUUCUCUUGCCACUGCCAGUUCCCACGCUACCGGAACCAGGAAGAAGCCUGGCCGGAAGCAGGCCAUCCUGGCCUGCCGGACGCACGAGGUGGUGGGAGAGGGGGACGAGGCAAUGGAAGCCCUUGCUGGAGAGGGGGAGUUCAGCAGUCCGGAGGACCAAAUUCUACUAGCACAGGAGCUGCUUCAGGACAUAGCAGCAGCGGGAAAGGAGGCACUCCUGAAGAUACCGGAUGCGACAAGGGUACCAGCCAGUGGGAAACUGGCGGCGAAGCGCGAGGAAGGGCCGCGCGACGACACCAAGUGGCCCUUCUCAGCAUCCCAGCCUCCCGACCAUCAGGGAGGACAAGUGGCCGCGCGGCCAAGUCCAGCAGUUCAGCGCAGCCACGAGGACGGACUCCGCCUCUUCCGCCGGACAGGUACCCUAAAUCAGGGCAAUCGUCGGGUCCUCCGCAGCAGCGUCACCAUCUCUCUCCAGGAUGAGGACCUGACGAGAGUUCCUGCUGGGUUCCUGGGCCCCCUCCAUGACUGUCGGGACACCACCGUGCUCAUCUUAGAAGACUCCUUCAACACGCCGAAUGAAAUCACCAUCUUACCUGAGGGAAAGUCGGUGCAGAUGCGGCUCAUGGCAGACACAGGAGCUGACGUGACCAUCAUCCCCCAGGCGAGGUGGCCCAGCGACUGGGAGCUUGUGCCCCCUUGCGGCAGGAUCUCCGGUGUGGGCGGAGCAGUCCACUCUCUGAGGAGUAGGCAUCUUGUGUGCGUGGAAGGUCCGGAAGGGCAAUUGGCAACAACUUUUGUAGCGCAGAUUUUAUCACCUGUGCACCGGCUUUUCCCUGAGGCCAUCAUCCUGCAUUACAUGGAUGAUGUGCUAGUUUGUGCUUCUGACUCGACAUACCUAAAGGCAACACUGGACAAGACUAUUAAGACUAUCAAAGCUGCAGGGCUCCAGACAGCGGAAGAGAAGAUCCAAUUCUCAGCACCAUGGAGGUACCUCGGAUUCCUCAUCACGGGAAGGACAGUGACGCCACAGACCCUGACCACCAACGAGGAUCCGAAGACUCUGCAAGACCUUCAGCAGCUGUGCGGAACGAUCACCUGGAUCUGCCCUCUCCUGGGACUGACGACGGAGGAGCUGUCACCUCUCUUCUGUCUGCUUCGAGGCGACGGAGACCUCGCCUCACCACGCGAGCUGACACCUGCCGCGCGGGAAGCCCUGCAACGGGUUGCUGUUGCUCUGAAGUCUCGCCAGGCACACCGCGUGGUCCGGACCCUUCCCGUGAACUUCGCGGUGUUGGAUAAAGGACCAAGAUGGAUUCCGGGGAAAUAUGUCAAGCCCUUCAUAGAGGUGCCAGCUCAGCAAGACAACGUGUCCUUGGUGCAAACCACCGAGAACACCUCAUCGCUGGACGGAGUUUCCACUGCCUGGAAGAGGAGGAGAAGAAAGACCGUUCCUCCCAAUAUCGUCACACGUGUCAUGAUUACCCGAAGAUAUUUUCCCCCGCUGAACUCUACGUACCCAAUUACCCCAUCGCCCCCUGUGCCCUUUCCUUUCCCCUAACCUGCCCUUUCCCUCAAUCCUUAC